GUUUGGGAGUAGCCCACAGGAAACUGGUGGACUCUUCUUCUUUUCUCUCUCUCUCUCUCUCUCUCUCUCUCUCUUCUUUUCUCUUCAUGGCCCCUGGUUUUUGCCCCAUACAAAUGGUAUACUACCACAGAGAAACCCCAGUUUUCCCCGCUUAUAUAAAAAAAACCCUCUCAGAAUCUGAAUCGCCAUCUCUCUCCCUCUACAGGAACCCAUCUCAAUCCCCAAUUCCCAGUUUUCCUCCUCUACAUGGGGAGCCAAAAAGCCCUCAAAAUCGCCGCAAAGUUGCGAUUUUUAUGGGCGAAGAGCGGAGAUGUACGCGUAUAAGCUCGUAGCGUCGUCCCAAAAUCCGAUCUUUGUGGAGGGAGCGGCCAUUUCUAGGGCUCGGUUUGAUGAGGUUUGAGGGCGAGGUGGCGGCGGAGAAGGGGAGGGCGCCGUCGAAGAAGAGCAAGCGCCGGCAGAAGAAAUCGAUGGCGGCGGCUACGGCUUCUGCUUCUGCUGUUCAGAAGCUGUUCGAUUUGUGCAAGGAGGCGUUCGCCGAUUGUGCGCCGGGCUUCGUCCCGAAGCAGGAUGAUGUGGGCCGCCUCUCGUCGUUCCUAGAUAAUAUGAAACCAGAAGAUGUCGGAUUGCGUCCGACUCUACCAUAUUUUAGGCAUGAGAAUUCUGAAGGAACUCCUCCAGUAACAUAUUUACACCUUUACGGGUGUCCCAAGUCCAAGUUUUCGAUUGGUAUCUUCUGUUUGCCUCAGUCGUCGGUGAUUCCACUACACAAUCACCCGGGAAUGACCGUCUUUAGCAAGAUUCUCUUCGGUUCAAUGCAUGUUAAAUCAUAUGAUUGGGUUGAUACUCCUCACAGUUCGAGCAAUGCUGCCGCACCCACUGAUGGCGAUCGAUUGGCUAAGGUAAAAACCGAUGCUGUAUUUAAUGCUCCGUGUGAGACAUUGAUAUUGUACCCAGAAACUGGUGGAAACAUGCAUUGUUUUACGGGAGUGACCUGUUGCGCGGUGCUAGAUGUGCUCGGUCCACCUUACUCUGCUCCCCAGGGAAGGGACUGCACAUACUAUGAUGAAUCCCCCUGUUUAGAUCUUCCUGAUGGCAUGAUUAUGCCUGGCGAGGACGGCAGGUAUGCUUGGUUGAAAGCAAUGAAUGGUUUACCCGAUAACUUGAACUUAGUGGUUGCCGACUAUGAAGGCCCGAAGAUUGUUGAGAAGUGAUUCGCGAGGAACUGCGCCGGCGACGCUGCAAAAGUUUUGCGGGAAAGGGCGAAAACAUCUCCGAUUCGAAUGUAGAUAUUUCCAAGAGCGCGCGGAGGUGGUCAUGUUAAAACAAGAGAAAGGGAGGAUCUCAAGCGGGUUUUGUACAUGAAAAUUCUGUGUCUUGGCCUGCGAGUUGUUUUACUUUGUUACCUUCAUCUGAUAGAGCAUUUGACUUCUCAUAUUUGUAUCUAUAGCAGUGUCGAAAGUUGGUAUGCGAAAUCGGAUUCUUUGAUAAUUUUAUACAUCCUCAUUUUUUCCCUGUUUCAUCUUA